CAAAGAGGUUGGAAGGUUAUAAGUUUAAUACUGGAAAGAAGUUGAACGUGUUUUCUUGCCACAAACUAAAGCUCUACUACUUCAUUUGCUCAAGGGCCUCGUGGAUAAGAACUUUAAAAGUUGAAUUAGAUACGAAGAUGAGACACAUUUCGAUGAAACGGCCCGCCACGAAGAAUUAGCUGAACUUUAGCAGACGGAACAGUACGAAACUCUCUCUAGCAAAAAGCGAGCCUCAAUGGACACGCAGAUUGCAGAUAUUUUCGGAAGCAUCCGAGAAAGCCACGACAGGAAGAAUCUAGAGAAAGUUCAGCAAGAUGAAGAUUCUCCCUAUCUCAAAAUCAAAUUUGAUCGGGUCUCAUAUUCUCAUCACAUCCCUCACGACGGGGAUGAGCGCGGACAAAUCCGAAAAAAACUCUACAUCUCCAAUGUUGCAUCAGAGAACCAAAAAAUUCUCCCGCAAAGAGAAAUCCGAGAAUGGGCGCAUGAUGCAACUGGCGUCGACAGGGAGUUGUUCUUUGAAGCAAAAUCGAUGGACUUCAAACCUCGACGACAGGUAAAAUUUUUUGGAUCGAAGAUCACGCCUGGCAUUACGAGUCCUGAAAAAUCGAAAGCAGUAAAGAUUGGGAAGAGCUUUAAAAAUUCGACAUCAAGAUUGGUGGUGAAGGGGGGGAAAAUCGUGAAAGAAGAAGCGAAGGUAUCUCACAUAGGUGAAAAUACUGAGACAUUUUCGAAACAAUGCAAAUCGUCGAUCAAGCAUGGGGGGCUAACCAAUAGUAACCCAUUCUCAACUGAGCGUCACUACAAAAAGGAUCAAUUGGGAGAUUCAGAUGGCCUUUUCUUCGUUGCCGAGGAUGAGAAGAUUAUCGAGCAAGCAAGGUUCCUUGAUGAAAUGACAUCGCCAACAACUCAGGUGAGGGAGCAAACGCCGGACAAAAGUAGCCAAGAGACCUCCCAUCAAUCUAUACUUGACAAGUUGGAGAAUGAGGAACGUUUGAAUUGGAAAGCCGAUAUGACUGCAAUCGUUUUCAAUGAUGCGCAUUCCAGCAAGCUCCCACACUUUUCUUCGAGGACGAGCGUCAUUGUUCAUGAUGGUAUGCUAAUCAAAACUAAAGACGUACCGACUUACAGACUGUCACAAACGCAAUCACGAGACGAUUGGGUUGGACCAACUGUAAUUAACAAUAAGGUUAGGAAGAAGGAAUACGAAAGCGAGAAUAACGAGAAGAGGGAAAUGAAGAAAAAGAAAGCGAAAGGAAAAGACAAGCAAGGCAAGACAGAAAAAAGAUCCUCGUUUUAAAAAUAAAACUCGACCCGUAAUGUUC